AUGGCAUCCAUUGAAGAGCUUUUAAACAGAAAAGUCCCAUUUGCAACAUAUCCUAAAGAAGAACCAAGGGAAUUACCACCACCAAUACCUACUCCUAAGCAAGAUACUUCCGUCACAUUUGAUGAUCAAUCAAAUACUAAUACAAAAUCAGCCCCGUAUACAUUGUCUGAUGAUUUAUCAAUAUUUAACGUAAUUGUGAAAUAUUAUGGAGACGGGUUCCAUGGAAAAAUCCCAUGGUCAUUCUGGCAGACUUACAAACGCGUCUCUGGCUCAACAAGAAGUAAUUCAAGUCUAUAUCACCACUGGAAUGGCUCAAUGAAGAAAAAAUAUGAGUCCUUCAUAACUACAGGCAGACUUUCAGAGUGCAUUGCAUGGUUAGAAACAGCAAUUCAGGCUGAAAGAGCACCAAUGCCACCAAUAGGCGAUAUGCUACCUCAUACUGGAAUGCCUCUUAUGCAUAUGAGAUCCCAGCCAGCCGUUCCAUUAGUUCCUUUAGUACCAACAGUGGUUCAAAUUGAACAUCCAUCACCUUUAAUUAGGAAUGCAUCCUUUGCCGCACCGUUUCAAUUUUAUCAAAUGUAA